GGAGGAGGAGCUAUAUGACGGAAACAAAAAUAUCGCAGGUCGAUUCGGUGUUGCCGGAUUCACUGUGCAGCUCCACGUCUGACUUGGAAGCAAGCAAGUAAAUAAAUAAAUAGUAAAGAAAAACAGCUCGUUUGUUUUUCUGCGUCGGAACCGUGAACACGAAGACUUUUCGGCGGACACCGAGCAGAAGAGAUGUGCAAUGAAAGCCAUUGGUAAAGGCGGGGAAACCCAACCAUUGGCCAUGAACAGCGAACUGAACGUUCCUGUGGCCUCGUCCACAGUCGGGAUGUCCGAUCGGCUCCAGGACGGAGGCGGGAUGGAUUAUCGGGACUGGGUCCGGCGCAGCUAUCUAGAGCUGGUGACGUCCAACCAUCACUCCGUGCAGGCGCUGUCCUGGAGGAAGCUCUACCUGAGCAGGGCCAAGCUCAAAGCGUCCAGCCGCACAUCGGCUUUGCUCUCCGGUUUCGCCAUGGUCGCCAUGGUGGAGGUGCAGCUGGAGAUGCAGUACACCUACCCGCGCGCUCUGCUGGUGGCGUUCAGCGUGUGUACCACAGUGCUGGUGGCUGUUCACCUGUUCGCGCUGCUCAUCAGCACGUGCAUCCUGCCCAACGUGGAGGCGGUGAGCAACAUCCACAACCUGAACUCGGUGUGCGAGUCGCCACACGAGCGCAUGCACUACUACAUUGAGCUGGCCUGGGGAUUCUCGACGGCGCUCGGCAUCUUACUCUUCCUCGCUGAGGUCGUCCUGCUCUGCUGGAUCAAGUUCCUGCCCGUGGACUCAGAAGUGACGGUGACGACGGUUCAGAAACGGGAAGCGGGUCACAGCGGCUGGCAGGCGGCACUCGCCUCGACGAUAAUCAUGGUGCCCGUGGGGCUCAUCUUUGUCAUAUUCACUGUGCACUUCUAUCGCUCGCUGGUGCGCCACAAGACCAAGCGCCAUGACCAGGAGAUCGAGGAGCUGCACAAGAUCAAGGUGCAGCUGGAUGGCCAUGAGCGCGGCUUACAAGCCGUCUGAUCUUCAGGGAUAUUUAUUCUUAUUACUUUUGCUUCUUGCUUGCUUUGGCAGCACGCUAUCUUUGCGCCUUUAACUUCGCUCAUGGUUAUUCUUUUCUUGCAGCUUUCUUUCGAAAGCAAAUGCAACGAUCUUGGACAAAGUCUCGUGUGGCAUGUUUACAGAAUUGCAGCAAGGGCUAUUUUUUUUUUUUUUUUUUUCCCUUCGGCUUGUUUAGAUUUUUCUAAUGGUUUAAAAGUUCCUAUCAGCUUCUAUUGCCGUGCUUCACGACCCAGGAGUUGGUCUGUAUUUUCCUCUUUUGCUAGCUGUGUGUCGACCAAGAGUUUGAUCGUGUAGUACAUCGUCUUUACUCCUUCAGCAAGUUGUUCAGCCAGCGCUUCGGCUCCGAGAUCGCAAGCGAAAAUCCCGACGUCCCUCGAAAACCAUGAAAUCCGCUUGGCCUGGGUUCCUGAUUCGUCCAGCCCGGUUUGUUAUAGGCAUGCCAAAAUGGAUCCAAGAAUACGUACGGCUACAAAGAAUGCAGGAGUUGUCGUUACGGUAACAAGCAAAGCUAUGUAGGCUCACUGCCGAAGUGUGUCCGAUAUGCAAGAAUGAUAAAUCGCGCGCGCGUGUGUGUGUGUGUGUGUGUCGUCUGAGCUUCCGCUCGUUUUGCGAACGACGUACUGUCGGGUUAUUUUUCUAGCUCACGACAUGUAAACGUUACAGUCCAUGUUUCCUUUGGAAUGACUUUUAACGGCCAUUUCAUAACGACUUGUACGCUAAUAGUCUUAACCUCCUUAACAGUUACAGCUCUGUAUAAAAAAAAAAAAAAAAGUGCACAUUUUCAGUAUUUAUAAGCAGUUUUGAAGCACAAACCAGAAUCUGUGUGUGUGAGAGAGAGCGAGUGCAUUAGGAAGUGAUUAAACAUUUUGUGCCCGGCGUCAUUAUAUGAAUCAAAGCAUCCCAUGUUAAACUGGCUCUGUUACUUCACCGAUCCAAGUGACUGAACAACACCAGGGUCGUCUUCAUGAUCGAGACGCCGCUUCUGAACUUCCGGAUGCUGUUUACAUAACAGGAAGAUACGAGGACAACAUUCCAAAGUGUUUUGACCAACAACUGCCUGCCUUAUCUCAAAUACAGGAUACGAAAGUGCACUUGUAGUGUAGUGGGAUCGAGUCAUGUUUCAUAAAACGUGUUUACGAUACACGAAGGUCUGGUAGAAAUGCGUGCGUCACUCCGUUGUCAGAAUGUUACUGUUGGGUUGCACAAACUCGUAUGUACUCUGCCCGUUGUUAAAACUCCAGGAAUCACUUGGUGUCCACGUUGUGCCGACGGCCCCCCAAGAGGAAUCCUUGACCAAAAUAAACAGUACAAAAUGAAGAAAAUCUUGUGGGUUUUAUCAAGCACUUCACAAAGUACAACGGCGUAUUAGGGGGAUAUUCUCCGAGAUUAUAAAGUCAUAUGCUUCCUGGCUGCUGUGCAUUCUGGGAAGUGUAGUUAAAUCUUUUAGCACUUUUUAAAAGAUUUUUUUUUGGCCUUUUUAUUGGAUAGGACAGUGUAGAGACAGGAAAUGAGCGGGAGAGAGAGACGGGGAGGGAUCGGGAAAUGACCUCGGGUCGGAAUCGAACCCGGGUCCCUGGAUUUAUGGUAUGGCGCCUUAUCCACCUGAGCCACGACACCCCUAGCACUUUUCUUCUUGUGCAAUCAAGGAGGAAAGACUGAAGACAUGAGAAGGGUCUUUUAACAAAAAAAAAAAAGUGCUCUUACAUGAUGAUAAUUAUACACCGAUAAACAAACCUGUGUGAUUUAUACAUUCACUUCCUGUUGCGUCCAGGAUGCGCAACAAUCGCUCACAUGCUUCCUGAGAAAUACAACUAAAGAUCUCUUGGCGGUUUACUGCAGGAUGGAGAAGGGAAGACUAAAUUUCCAAAAACACUCAGCUCAGCCAUGGCGUCUGUAAUGAGAUGAUAUUGGGCUUUCUUUGAACAGGUGUCCCCCCCCCCCCAAGAUUUGUGACUAUAAUCUCGGGGAAUAUCUGAGGUGUUUUUUUUUUUUUUUCUUUUGUUUUUUUUUCCUUGUAAAUCUACAACCCCCACAGCCCUAAUACGUCAUCAUACAUCGUGAUGAUGGACGUCCUGUCAAAGUGGACACACACAUACACGCACUUCUUGCGCACAAUCUAUAACCAAACGUAAUGUUUUUGUCCGUGCAUGUCUGUUAUACAUUGUCAACAAACAUGUAAGGUAAUUGUAUUUCAUGUCAAAUAAACACCUUAUUUUGUUUAUUUCUAUCCUA